UAAAAACACGCUUGAAUAACAUAAAUGAAUUAUGCCAGAUUCAAAGGAAGUGGCGAGUGACAGAAGGAAGAGUAAUAGUCAUGCCAGCCUGCUCCUUACCACAUCCUACACUCAUGUGGAGAACGAGGAAAGCCGCACUGCGGUGCAUCGGAAUCAGAAUCGAAGGACAUCGGAUGAGAACGACCAAAAUAGCUCCCUGCUCUCCAACGACUUUGUCCUGAUGCUGGACUGCUCGCCGAGUCCAGAGGAUGUGUUCUGCGAGAACUCGCCGGAGUUCAGGACAGCCUGGCUGUGGCUCAACAAACUGACCACCAUGCAUUGCCACACCCUCGACGAUCUGCGCCUGCGCAACGCGUACAUGAGUCAUUUCAUUGUUUGCCUGAACAGAAGGCGUCUGACUGGCGUUUUCGAGCAGCCUCCGCCGGCGGAGUUGACUUCGGUCGACUUUUCGGAGAAUCCAGCGGCUCAGCAAUCCGCUAACCUGACUGAAAUGCCGCGUUUCUGUGACCCGAAGCAAUCCUCUGCAGUUUCCUGCGCUUCAACAUAUGCCUGCAGCGGUACACAGCCGACAUCUGAGUAUUGGGAUACCUUCUCGAACUGUUGUCGUCCCUCCGGCGGGACUGCUGAAUCCAUUUCAAAACCCCAGCUGUAUAGGAGGCGACAGCUCCUCCGUUCCGUGCCCAUGACCAGUGAUGACGAACUGCAUUCACUUUAUAGAAACGAAAAAGCGAACUUCCGUUUCAACCAUUCCUCUAUAUCUGCCGCCCAAUCGUCCACCAGUCGAUCCCUAUCCUCGCCAUCUAAAUUUCUGCCCAGAAGCAACACGCCCAAUGCCUUCCGGAAUGCAGAUAGUCAGAAGUCUCUCGAAGAUGAUCGACGACGUAUGAUCGAAUUGAUGGAGCUCAUUAGGAAGGAGUUGCGUGGUGAACCGGAUCUGGACAACAAGGACAUUUUGGAGGAGGAGCUGAAAAGAUAUCGCACCUUUUUCGAGCAACAUUUGCAGGAUAGUUCCGAUUUAGAGCUGCAUUGCAGUGAUAAUUCCAACUCGGAACGCGUUCAUAUGCUGCUCAGUAUGCAAAAAGAUCUGAUUAGAAUGCUCAAAGAGGAUUUGGCAUAAUGAACCUGUUUUGUUGUUCAAAUAACAUGUUUUCAAAUUAGUUUCAUAA